GAUACAUUUUAAAUACCACAGCACUGCCAGACUGGUGAAUGAAAACAGCUGUUAGGAAGGCAAAUGACUUUUUUUUGACUUUGAUUCUAUUCUGCGGAACGGAACUGAAUAAAGUUACGAUGCGGAAUGUGCCGAAUUCACUCGGUCUCUCCGUCACAACACCAGGCGGCAGCUUGGGGGCUCCGGACAGUGGCAUAUCUACAAGUGGACGCCACAAUAGUUUGGAGGAUAUAAAUCUGGACCAGUUCCUGAAGACAUCUAACUACGAGGACACUGUAAAGCAGCUAGACAUUUACUAUGGCAUCGUAAAACGGCAGCUAUUGCGCUAUCAGAGCCCCAUCACUGGCCUGUUCCCAGUGAUGAGCACCGAUCAGGUGGUGGGCUCAGUGCGUGACAGUGUAUAUUGCGCCUCCGCUGUGUGGAGCUUGUAUCAGGCAUACAGACGCAUCGACGAUGACCGCGGAAAGUCCUACGAGCUGGGCCAGAGCACUGUAAAGUGCAUGCGCGGCAUAUUGGAGUGUUGGGUGAAGCAGGCCUCCCGAGUGGAGCUGUUCAAGCAGCGCCAAUCCAACACACAUGCCCUACACAGCAAGUUCCAGCUGCAUACAGGCGAGAAGAUCUAUCCGGACGAGUUUUAUAACCAUCUGCAAAUCGAUUGCGUGUCUCUCUAUCUACUGUUCCUAGUCCAGAUGAUAACCUCUGGCCUGCAGAUCAUCUACACCCACGACGAGGUGGCCUUUGUCCAGAAUCUGGUUUACUAUGUGGAGCGUGCCUAUCGCACGCCUGACUUUGGCAUGUGGGAGAGGGGCUCCAAGUAUAACAAUGGCACGCCCGAGAUCCAUGCCUCCUCCAUUGGCAUGGCCAAGUCUGCCUUGGAGGCCAUUAACGGAUGCAACUUGUUUGGCGAGAAGGGAGCUUCCUGGAGCGUUGUGUACGUAGACAUCGAUGCUCACAAUCGCAACCGCAGUAUUUUCGAGACCAUGCUGCCUCGUGAGUCUAGCUCAAAGGGCGUGGAUGCCUCUCUGCUUCUGACCCUCUCCUUCCCAGCCUUUGCCUCACACGAAGAUCGGCUCGUGGAACAGACUAAGCUGAAUGUGGUCAAUCGACUGCGGAGCAAAAUGGGCUUUAAACGCUUCACCCGCGACGGUUUCCUUAGCAAGAACGAGGACAAGACGCGUCGCUACUAUCACUCCGGUGAGCUAAAGGAGUUUGAGGGCCUUGAAUGCGAAUGGCCUCUCUUCUUCAUAGCCAUGAUCAUCGAUGGCGUGUUCAAAAACAACAACGAACAGAUCGAAGAGUUCCAAAAUGAUCUGCGCCGCUGUCUGCGCACUGAUGCCAACGGAGAUCCUGUAGUGACAAUGUACUACGCCCCCGAUGGGGACGGCUCCUAUAUGCGGGCCCCAUCACAGUCGCUCUUCCUUUGGGGCCAGUCCUUCUUCAUCAUUGCACAGCUGCUCACCGCUGGCCUCUUGCACAUCAAUGAAUUGGAUCCCAUUCGUCGCUACUUGCCCAGCUAUAAUCGUCCCAGGCGAGCGGGUCGAUAUUCAGCCUUUCAGGGCAAAGCAAUCGAUGAUAAACACAAAGGCACUGCCACAGAUCUAGUGGUGCAGAUUGUCUUGAUUGCUGAAUCCAUGCGACUGCAGGCCAUGAUGGCCACCUACGGCAUUCAAACACAGACGCCACACGAAGUGGAGCCGGUGCAGAUCUGGAGCUCUACGGAGCUCAUCAAAGUGUACCAGCAUCUGGGAGUCAACAACAAAGUUGGCUUGUCCGGACGCCCCUCACGUCCAGUGGGCUCGCUAGGUACCAGCAAAGUGUAUCGCAUCUGCGGCAUGACAGUGCUCUGCUACCCCUUGAUUUUUGAGGUCUCCGACUUCUAUCUGUACCGGGAUAUGGCGUUGCUUAUCGACGAUAUCAAGACGGAGCUGCAGUUUGUGGGCAAGUACUGGCGAUUGUCGGGCAGACCCACCGUGUGCCUGCUGAUUCGCGAAGAGCACAUGCGCGAUCCACAGUUCAAGGAGAUGCUCGACUUGCUGGCUAUGCUGAAGAAAGGCUACUGCGAUGGCAUGAAAGUGCGUAUCGGACGACUACAGAACCUGAUUAGCAGCUCUUGCAUUGAGCAUCUGGACUUUAUGAACCAGAGCGAUCUGACGGAUAACGAGAAUGCUUUCUCGCAAAUAAACCACGAGUACAUUGGCUACCAGUCGUUGACGGACGUGCCCAAGGCAUUGACCUAUGUUGAGGAAAAGAUUUCCGUUGCGCACUUUGACAGCAAACCCACUCCGGACAUCAUCCAAGCCCUGCGCAACACCGAUUCCAUUUACUGCCUGUGCCAACUGUGGGGCAUACUGCUCAACCGCGAGGGUCCUAACUUUGAAGUGAAUGGCCUAAAUGUUAGCACAGCCCUUACCCAACUGUAUCAUCGCGCUGGUUCACUCCGGUACUGGCGUGCUGUGCGUUACUGCUCCUCCCUGCUCCACCAUAUUGUGGACUCCAUCAGUCCGUUCAUCACCACUGUCCUGGUGAAUGGAAAAGAACUCACAGUGGGCAUCAUUGGCCAAAAGGAGACGGUGUUCGAUAAGCCCAUGACUCCGGCGGAGAUUCAGAAUGUCAUGUACACUAGUGUCCAGCCCUACGAUGUCAUUCAGGCGGUGCUGCAACAGGAAGUUGUUUUGUAUUGUGGUCGUCUGAUAGCCACCAAUCCAUCUAUGUUCCGAGGUAUUCUUAAAAUCCGCAUUGGCUGGGUGCUGGAGGCCAUGAGAAUCUACUUGCAAAUAUCCGGACAGCAGAGCAUCGACGUGGACAACCUGUCGCCGUUCCAGGUGCGCAUCCUUCUGCAGAAAGUACUUACAGUCAGCGAAUGGGCUGUGGAAGAAAAGCUUACCACUCUACAACGUCGUCAGCUCGAGGGCUGCCUUUGCCGUGUACCCAAACAUUUCUAUAACAAAAUUUGGGAGAUUCUUCAACGGACUCCUCAGGGCAUUCUGACGCAGGGUCAUCACUUGCCAGCGACACCCACACUGACCAACAUGAGCCGGGGCGAGUUGACCUUCAAUUUGCUGGUUGAGGAGACCUUAAUUUGCAUUGACCGUCCGGAGCGGCGUCAGAUAACUGUGGAGCUGCUGUGUAUCGUGGCCACCAUACUCAAUCGCAAUCCUGAGCUGCACUUCAAACAAGCACUCGACUUGGAUGGCAUAGUUGCCGAGGCCUUCGCCAUGUACUGCAAGGACAACAACAUACAUCAUCCCCAGCCUCAACCACAGCAGGCCAAGCACGAGGAUCUAGUUACGUUCUACUCGCUGCCCUAUUCGGAGACUACAGGCUACCUGGCACGCGCUGCUGUCAACAAAGUUCUCCAGGGCGGAAUAUUCUCUACCAACGAUGAAGAUGUUCAACUCGAUGGCGAUCGCCUGCACGACGACAACUGCAAGGUGUCCUAAAUGACACACAGUUUUGCAUAUCUCCGUUACACUGACCCACCACUAGCUCGAAUUUUGUGGCUAAUUCAAAUCUGUUCUCUUAUUUAACUCGUCUCUCUGUGUCCCUCGCCCAUUCGCCUAGUUCUUAAUUAAAUGUUAUGUAUACUUUGUUGCAAUAAUAGAAAUUGUUACAUGGCCGA